AUGAAGUCUAUCAUUGGUCUCACCGCUGCUGCCUUCGCAAUCACUUCUUCCGACGCUUACACCCCGGGAAAUAUAAGAGGUCUCGUCAACCCCACAGGCCCAGCGUCAGGAUCAGCCGAAACGCCGACGCAGACGUUGGUCGACGGGUCAAGCAAGUCUACAGCGGCCUCUAGUGAAGCGACACCAUCGUCUCAUGACUCCUCGGCAGGCAACGAUGCGUUGCGUUGUUCCAGCAAAUGCCUCGACGUGUACAGUCCUGUACUGGGCGACGACGGCAUCAUGUACCCGAGUUACUGCGCCAUGGAGCUGGCGAAGUGCGAAAAGAGCGGCAAGGAAGACGAUUGGUACGCACGCUACAAGGAGCUGUACGGCUCGAGUCGCGCAGGACACGAUGACUACACUGGUUUUCGUCGUCCCUAUCCAUACUACUCAUUCGGUCAUGAGACGCCGUCCACAGAUGUUUAA